AUAAGAUCUAAGGAAAUAAGGGAACGAAACUGCAAUUUAAAUUACAGAAUUUGUGAGUGCAUAGUUGUUGGGAAAAUACAAUUAAAAGUAAAACUGAUUAAAUUUAGAUUAGAAUAUAGAUUUUUAGCAUGGAAAACACUGCAAUAGUGAAGCAUGCUAAAUCAAACACUAAUAAUACCACACGUGAAGGAACAGCAGUCAAGAAAGUUACUCGUCGUGUGUUAAAUCAAAUUCCGGCUGAAAUUUUGAAUGAUCAACCAUUAAAUAUAGCUAUCAGUCAGCUGCCUUCAAACUAUAAUUUCGAGAUUCACAAGACAAUAUGGAAAAUUCGACAAGCAUCUGCUCAAAGAGUUGCGUUGCAAUUUCCAGAAGGACUUCUUUUAUAUUCAUGUGUUAUUGCUGAUAUUGUUGAAGAAUUCACAGAUGCAGAGACUGUUAUUAUGGGUGACGUCACAUACGGAGCUUGUUGCGUGGAUGAUUUUUCUGCGCGCGCUCUAGAUUGUGAUUUUAUGGUUCACUAUGGACAUAGUUGUCUUGUUCCCAUCAAUGCUACAGAAGGUGUCAAAAUGUUGUAUGUCUUUGUGGACAUUAAAAUUGAUACGAUACAUUUUAUUGAAACCGUCAAACAUAAUUUCCAAGCUGGCACCAAGCUGGCUCUUGUGAGCACAGUCCAGUUCAUUUCCUCGUUGCAGGCUGCAAAGAAUGAAUUAUCGACAGAUUAUGAUGUGACUAUACCACAAGCCAAGCCUUUGUCUCCUGGUGAGAUCCUUGGCUGCACGUCUCCUCGUAUUGAUGGAAUAGAUGCUAUCAUUUACCUUGGAGACGGAAGAUUUCACCUUGAAUCUGCCAUGAUACACAAUCCUGAACUACCAUCUUACAUGUAUGAUCCAUACUCAAAAAAGUUCACUCGCGAGCGAUACGAUCACGCGAGCAUGCGCAAAAACAGGAAAGCAGCAAUUGACAGAGCAACAAGUGCGCAAACAUUUGGUUUAAUUCUUGGAAGUUUAGGAAGACAAGGGAGUCCAAAGAUAUUGAAGAACUUAGAAGAAAAAUUGACGAAUGCAGGAAAACAAUACACAAUUGUGCUGCUGUCCGAAAUCUUUCCUGCUAAACUUCAACUCUUUGCUGACAUUGAUGCGUGGGUGCAAGUCGCAUGUCCUCGAUUAUCGAUCGAUUGGGGUGAAGCGUUUGAAAAACCUCUUCUCUCACCUUAUGAGCUUGCUGUUGCUUUAAAACAAUGCGAAUGGCGGAGUAUAUAUCCUAUGGAUUUUUAUGCUAAUGAAAGUCUUGGUCCUUGGACCGUUAACAACGCCGUACAUCGCCCAGUUAGAACGAAAAAAACAAAAAUAAAAAUUGAAUAUGAAGAGAAAGAAAAAGAUCAAAGAUAAGCAAACGCCAGGUUGGAUUAAGAAGGGAAGGAAAGUAGAAUCGCUUUGAACGAGGAAUUCGGCAAAGGUAUUAAAUAUAUCGAAUAAGAAGGACGCUAAAUUAUUAUCUGUGGUGAUACGAGAAAGAAUCAAAAGCAGAAAUCAAAAGAAUGAAAUAAUAAGUUUAGUUGUAGUAUGAAGAUGCAGGAUUAUUGUCGCCUGAUGAAAUAUGGCUCCAAAUAUCUAACGUGAACGUCACAACAAAAUAUGUAGUAAACACUGGAUAAAUUGAUGUGGUAGAGAACUGUGGGAUUGGUAUGACAUGCCUAUUAAACUAUUAGUAGUGUUGACUUUUGGAAUAAUUUGUUUGUGAAAUAUUUUUAACAAAAAAAACUGUAACUUCAGAAAAAUUUUUGCUCUCUCUGAUGAUACAUCUA